UAGACGUUUUGUGUGAUAAUAUAAAUGAAUAUUUUUAUUUAAUUAAUAAAAUAAUUUAACAUCUUUCAUAGAGCUAACAUAAAAAAUAAAACAACAGCAGAACUUCCUGGACAUUUUUCCACGUUGCCUCGCGGCUAAGUUCAUGACAGUGAGUAAGCGGGCCUUCAUCGAAGCGAAGAGCGAAUGUCGUCCCCAAUAAUUUGAAGACUAUUUCUUGAUUGUGCUGGAGAAUACAAAGCAAAAUUCUGUCAAAAUUGUGCGCGUUCGUGCCCGAUGUCUAGUGCUGAAGUCGCCGAUAAUUCCGUUGACCCCCCGGCGAAAAAGCGGAAGCUAAAUACAGGAGAGACCCGUUGCAAAUCUGCAGCAAUGGCGAACAAUGGAACGCGUGUGGAAGAUGAAAUUGACGAAAGUUUGUAUUCCAGACAACUUUACGUUCUCGGACACGAUGCUAUGCGCAGGAUGGCCAGCUCUGAUGUGCUGGUCUCCGGCCUAGGUGGUCUUGGAGUGGAAGUUGCAAAAAACGUGAUUCUCGGUGGUGUUAAGUCCGUCACCCUGCAUGAUGAUCGCGUUUGCACAAUUGCGGACUUGUCGUCUCAAUUCUACUUGUCUGAGUGUGCCAUCGGUCAAAACAGAGCCUUGGCUUCAUGUGAGCAAUUAGCCGAACUAAACCAUUACGUUCCAACCACUGCGUAUACCGGAGCCCUAACCGAGGAAUUUCUGAAGAAAUUCCGUGUCGUAGUGCUGACUGGUGCAUCGUGGGUGGAACAAGAGCGCAUAGCAGCCAUCACUCACGCUAAUAAUAUAGCCUUAGUUAUUGCCGACACCAGGGGCUUGUUUUCACAAGUAUUUUGCGACUUUGGGCCAGAAUUUACAGUAUUAGAUGUGACUGGUGAAAAUCCUGCAUCAGCUAUGAUAGCUGUGAUCACGCAUGAAUACGAAGCCGUCGUCACUUGCUUGGAUGACACGCGCCAUGGACUAGAGGAUGGAGACUAUGUAACAUUUAGUGAGAUCCAAGGUAUGACUGAACUUAAUGGCUGUGAACCACGUAAAAUCAAAGUGCUUGGUCCUUACACCUUCAGCAUUGGCGACACUACGAAUUUCACAAAAUAUCAACGAGGUGGUAUUGUUACACAAGUGAAGAUGCCCAAAAAGAUCAAUUUCAAACCCCUUAAGGAGUCUAUCAAAGAACCAGAGUUCCUGAUAGCAGAUUUUGGCAAGUUUGACUAUCCGCAACAGUUGCACUUGGCUUUUGCUGCCCUUCACAAGUUCCAGGAGGCAGAAGGACGUUUGCCAAAACCGUGGUGUGAUGCUGAUGCCACCAAGUUCCUGGAGUAUGUAAAGACCUUAGUUAAAGAUAAGGAAUUUUGCAAAGAGGAUGUUGAAUUGAAUACAGACUUGUUAGAAAUAUUUUGUAAGGUAUCAUCUGGAGAUCUUAACCCAAUGAAUGCAGCUAUUGGUGGUGUAGUGGCACAAGAAGUGAUGAAGGCCUGCUCUGGAAAGUUCCAUCCCAUAGUUCAGUGGCUGUACCUGGAUGCUAUUGAGUGCCUGCCCAAAGACCGCUCCAUUCUUACAGAGGAGACAUGCAAGCCUGUUGGAUCACGUUACGAUGGUCAGGUGGCUGUUUUUGGUCGAGACUUCCAGAAGAGACUUGGUGAAUUGAAGUAUUUCAUUGUUGGCGCGGGGGCUAUCGGGUGCGAGCUCAUGAAGAACUUUGCGAUGAUUGGUGUGGGCGCGGAUGGCGGCUGCAUCACCGUCACCGAUAUGGACCUCAUAGAGAAGUCCAACCUCAACCGUCAGUUCCUCUUCCGCCCCAGUGAUGUGCAGAAACCAAAGUCCAGCACUGCUGCUAAGGUGAUCAAGAAAAUGAAUCCAUCAAUGAACGUGGUAGCGCACGAGAACCGCGUGUGCCCGGAGACGGAGUGCGUGUACCACGACCAGUUCUUUGAGCAACUGGACGGCGUCGCCAACGCGCUGGACAACGUGGACGCCAGGAUAUACAUGGACCGCCGCUGCGUCUACUAUCGCAAGCCGCUGCUCGAGAGCGGCACGCUUGGCACCAAGGGCAAUACGCAGGUGGUGGUUCCAUACCUGACAGAGUCGUACAGCUCGUCGCAGGACCCGCCAGAGAAGAGCAUUCCCAUCUGCACUUUGAAGAACUUCCCCAAUGCCAUCGAGCAUACGCUGCAGUGGGCUCGCGACGAGUUCGAGGGCCUGUUCCGGCAGGCGGCCGAGCACGCCGCGCAGUACUUCACUGACCCCCACUUCCUUGAGCGCACCAUCAAGCUGCCCGGCAGCCAGCCGCUCGACGCCAUCGAGAGCGUCAGGAAUGCUAUCAAUGAACGCCCAAUGAACUUCGAGGAUUGCGUUACAUGGGCUCGUCUGCAUUGGGAGAGCCAGUACUCGAACCAGAUCAAGCAGCUGUUGUUCAACUUCCCUCCGGACCAGCCCACUCUAAGUGGUGCUCCCUUCUGGUCGGGCCCGAAGCGCUGCCCCUCGCCUCUCGUCUUUGACCCCGAGGAUGAGCUGCAUCUCGACUACGUUGUGGCCGCCGCCAACCUCCGCGCGCAAGUGUAUGGCCUGCCCACCUGCGUCGACAGGGAAGCCAUCGCAAGAAUGGCUGCUAGUGUUGAGGUGCCCGAAUUCAAGCCACGACGCGGUGUUAAAAUCGCAGUGACAGACAACCACCUCGCUGCUCAGAACAACGACCACAUGGAUCAGGACAAAGUAAAGAACAUAAUAUCGGAGCUUCCGCCGCCCGGCUCGCUCGGCGGCCUCAAGAUCACACCGCUCGAGUUCGAGAAGGAUGACGACACCAACUUCCACAUGGACUUCAUCGUGGCCGCGUCCAACCUGCGCGCCGCCAACUACAAGAUCCCACCCGCAGACCGCCACCGCUCCAAGCUGAUCGCCGGCAAGAUCAUCCCCGCCAUCGCCACCACCACCUCCGUCGUGGCCGGCCUCGUCUGCCUUGAGCUGUACAAGCUGGCGCAGGGGUACAACGUCCUCGAAGUCUUCAAGAAUGGCUUCGUCAACCUGGCGCUACCUUUCUUCGGCUUCUCGGAGCCCAUCGCCGCACCCGUUAACAGCUACUACGACAAAAAGUGGACCCUGUGGGACAGAUUCGAGAUCAAGGGAGAGAUCACGCUGCAGCAAUUCCUCGAUUACUUCAAGAACGAGCACAAGCUCGAGAUCACGAUGCUCUCGCAGGGCGUGUGCAUGCUGUACUCGUUCUUCAUGCCCAAAGGCAAGAAGCAGGAGCGGCUGAAUCUGCCCAUGUCAGAGGUGGUGAUGGCGGUCUCCAAGAAGAAGCUGGAGCCGCACGUGAAGGCGCUCGUGUUCGAGCUGUGCUGCAACGACGAGGACGACAACGACGUAGAGGUGCCGUACGUGAAGUACACGCUGCCCUAAGCGGCGCGCUCCUACAACCCGACAUCGCCGCUCGCCGCUCGUCGCGAGCCCCGCGCCGCACACACACUAUACUAUCGCGGUGUCUACAUUUUUAGCACUAACAGAGGGUAUUUUUAAAGAUAUGAAGGAUAGAUCUAAAUGUUUUACACAGGUCGCGAGUGCCUCGGAGAGUUGGAAGGACGGAGUGGAGUGUACAGUGCUAGUGUUAACUGUGUGAUGAUGUCUAAUUUGUGCUUUAAGACACGCUUUUAUUGUCUACUGAUUACUUACGUAUAUUUAUAGUAGUA